CCCACAGCUAAGCACAGCAAAGCAGCACAUCAUGCGACAGCCUUCGCCUCGGCUGGGAGAGCGUCGGGAGUGCUCACACGCCUGCUUCCGUUCCGUUUCCAGAGACAUUGCAGCUUACAUCUGGGAGCAGCAUUAUAGCUGCCGGCAUCUUUCACAAACAAAAUAAGCUACAUUCAAAAGUUCCAGUGGGUAAAUGAGGAGACAUUUCCUUCAGUGGAAGACGUCCAAGAAAAUGAGACCCACCUGAGUGAAGCAAACUCCGCAGCGUCCCCACAAACUCACCUACUCCUCGGCAGUCUAAAAAUGCCACUUUUUAGCUGGAUGAAAUGGCCAAAAAAUGAUUCUUACAAGCAAACACAUUAUCCUGGCUCAGAUAUCGUGACAAAGACUCUGCUUCGGGAAUUAGGAUGGCAUCUAAAGGAGCGUGAGAGAUUAAUACAAGAGAUUGAAAAUGAGCAGAAAGUGAAAAGAACAGGUGUUGAUUACACCUGGCUGGGAAGCCCUCAGGCCACCAUCCCAGCCCCUCAACAGAGGCAGCUUGAAGUUCUUUGCUCCCAAGUGCAGCCUUGUCAGAUGGGAGCCAUUCUCAGCAGAUUUCGAGAACUUCUGGCAGAAAAUGAUGUCCUUCCCUGGGAAAUAGUCUACAUCUUCAAGCAAGUUCUCAAAGACUUCCUCGGCAGUGCCGACAGAGGGGGUCAGCAUGCUGGCCUGUGGGACUCUGACAUCACCUCUUCCCCUGCCUCUGUGCUCCCAGGUGAAAGCUCUGAGAGGCCAGACAAAGUUGAAAUACCCACAGUAUCAAGUUAUGUAGACAGAAAUGCCAAGAACAGGUUUCCGUCCUGCUCACACAGAGUCUGGAACCUACCAUACUAUUACCCACCAAGCUAAGGAAUACCACCAUCACCUUCAUGUCAGAGCGCUGAGCACUAACCAGAAGAAACAGCGAUGUGACCCCAGAUUUCUUUGUUACAAGGUCAGAAGUUGAAAUCCCUGUGUCAUCAACCUAUUUUAGCAGCAUUGUCUUUUAGCCACUCUAAAUAUUCAAUAUUUUCAUUGAUUAGUAUGGUUUUAACUAAAAUGUUACCUGCUUGUUAGAAGUAUUUUCUUAUUCCUCAAACACAUCAUAGAACUAAGGAAAUCUAAUAUGUUUGACUUUUUGUGAAACCUAAUUAACCUUAACUUUUUCUAAGAAAGCCCAUGUGGAGAAUAAAUGAUUAAUGUGAA